AUGUCAAAUGAAGAAGGUAGAUUAUUAAAUCCUGGGGUACCACUUGUCACUUUACUUCCAAAUAAUGGACAUUUAAAGGAAAAUUCGAUUAUUGAGAUAUUUGGAAAAAUUGAUAAAGAAUCAACUGAAUGUAGGUUUAAUGUUGAUUUAUGUACUGGAUUGGCAUAUGAUGGAAAAAAAUGUGAUAACAAAGCUUUACAUUUUAAUCCUAGAUUUGAUCCAAAAAAAAUUUUUGUCAAGUGUGAUAAUGAUAUUGUUUUGAAUAGUUUAAUAAAUAAUAUUUGGGGAACAGAAAAAAGAAUAGAAAAUUGUUUUUGUAAUGAUAAACAAUUUACUUUGACAAUUAAAACUUUAAAAACACAUUAUGAAAUAAAACAUAAUGGUAGUCAUAUUGUUGAUUUUAUGCAUAGAAUACCACCUGAAGAGGUAAAAGUUUUAUAUAUUAAUGGAAAAAUUAAAAUAUUUUCCAUAAAAUUUGAAAAUAUUGGUGUUAGUGGGGAUGAAAAAAAUGAAAAGGAUUCUACUGUAACAAAUUGUGAAUAUGAAGAAUUAUCAAAACCAAAAGUUCCAUUUAAUUAUAAUUUAAGUUGUCGUCAUAUAGUACCACCCAAAGAGAUAUUUAUAACAUGUUACCCAAAAAUAAAUGGUGCUGAAAAAUUUGUAAUAAAUUUAAUGAAAGGUGAAGAAUUUGUUUUUCAUUUUCGUGUAGAUUUACCUAAUGAAAAAAAUCAUACACAAGCAGCUGUUGUUCGAAAUUCAACACAUAAUGGUAAAUGGCAAAUUGAAGAAAGAAAUAUACCAAAUUUUCCUUUUAAAAGAGGAACAACAAAUGAUAUAAAAUUUUUAUUAAAAAGUAAAUCAAUUAGUGUUCAAAUUGAUGGUUCACAUUUUGCUAAUUUUUUCCUUAGAAAUGGAGAUCGAAUUGAAGAUGUUGAUGUUAUUACUGUUAAGGGAGAUCUUGUUGUUAAUCGUUUUAUUAUAAGAUAA